GGUCAAUAGAUUUAUAUUUUUGAUAAAGCAAUUGCGAACAGUAUAUUUGCUAUUUUUCGUGUUCAAUUUUCAAAAUAAUCUUGAAAUAAAAAUUGAUUUUGGUAUUUGAAUUGGUAUUUGAUGCAAAAUUGUUUAAUCUCGACGAUUUAUAUUUAGUUUCAUUAUAAUUAAAUAAAUGUAACAGACAAAUGUAAUAAAUAUUGUUUAUUGCCUCUUCGAUCAUCAAUCUGAAUUUCUUCUAUUUUUGUACAUUUCAAUAUGAAAUCUAAGAAAAAGAUAUCGUUGUGUCUUAAUUGUCGGAAAAAAUCGCAAACCAUGGAUUCAGAUUUAAGUGAUCAAGAAACAGAAGAUUAUGCGAAAUCUUUGAAUAAUCUUACGGAAGAACAAAAUAAUUUAACAGCUGAUCAAAAAUUCAUGUAUGAUCUGAUUGUUAUUGGGGGUGGAUCAGGUGGUUUAGCAGCAGCUAAAGAAGCAGUGAAUUUUGGUGCAAAAGUUGCAGUUUUAGAUUUUGUCACACCCUCUCCACGAGGUAGCACUUGGGGUCUAGGUGGUACAUGUGUAAAUGUUGGUUGUAUACCAAAAAAAUUAAUGCAUCAAGCAGCUUUGUUAGGAGAAUCAAUUCAUGACUCAGUAUCUUAUGGUUGGCAGUUACCAGAUCCAAAAACUAUUAAAAAUGAUUGGGAAGCAUUAAGAACAGCAGUACAAAAUCAUGUAAAAUCUGUAAAUUGGGUUACACGAGUAGAGCUCAGAACAAAAAAAAUCGAAUAUUUUAAUGCACUUGGUUAUUUUAAAGAUCAGCAUACAAUAUUAGGAAAACUGAAAAAUGGAGAAGAAAAAGAGUUUACAGCUCAAAAUAUUCUGAUUGCUGUAGGUGGUAGACCUAGGUAUCCUGAUAUUCCUGGUGCUUUAGAAUAUGGUAUUACCAGUGAUGAUAUCUUUAGUUUAGAAAAAGCUCCGGGAAAAACACUUAUUGUUGGUGCUGGAUAUAUUGGUUUAGAAUGUGCUGGAUUUUUAAAUGGUUUAGGUUAUGAUGCAACUGUAAUGGUACGUUCAAUUGUAUUACGAGGAUUUGAUCAACAAAUGGCAAGUACUGUUGCCCAGGAAAUGGAAAGACGUGGUGUACACUUUAUUUAUGAAGCUAAACCAUCAAAAAUUGAAAAGCAAGCUGAUGGCCGACUUCUUGUACAUUGGGUGGAUAAAGAUAGACAAACACAUCAGGAUACUUUCGAUACUGUUCUUUUUGCUAUUGGUCGCAAACCGCUCACAGAAGAAUUAAAACCUGAAAAUAUUGGUCUUAAACUUGUUCCUGAAACUGCAAAAAUAGAUGCAAUAGAUGAGCAAACAAAUGUUCCAAAUGUAUAUGCUGUUGGUGAUGUACUUCAUAAAAAACCAGAGUUAACUCCUGUUGCUAUACAUGCGGGUCGAUUAUUAGCAAGAAGAUUAUUUGGAAAUUCGACGGAACAAAUGGAUUAUGUGAAUGUAGCAACAACAGUAUUUAGUCCUUUAGAAUAUGGUUGUGUUGGCCUUAGCGAAGAAGCAGCAAUUGCUAUUCAUGGAAACGAUAAAAUAGAAAUUUAUCAUGCAUAUUAUAAACCAACGGAAUUUUUUAUACCACAAAAAGAUGUUUCUAAUUGCUAUUUAAAAGUUAUUGCUUUUAGAAAUGGUGAUCAGAGAGUACUUGGCAUGCAUUUUAUUGGUCCUAAUGCUGGUGAAGUGAUUCAAGGUUUUGCUGCUGCUAUUAAGUGUAAUUUAACAUUCCCAAAACUAAAAGAUACAGUAGGAAUUCAUCCAACAGUAGCAGAAGAGUUUACACGUAUAUCUGUAACUAAACGUUCUGGGCUUGAUCCUAAGCCACAAAGUUGUUGCAGUUAAAAUAUACAUAAUAUUAGAUUUGUUGCAUUGCUAAUAUUUGUGAAUAUUUUUGAAUAUGAUGGAUAACGAAUGUGCUUAUUGCAUUGAUCGUUCGCUCUAGAAGUAAUUUUCUAAUCGAAGAUUCUUUUAACUGAAGAUACUUUUUAUUAAAUGCAAGUUGGAGAGAAUUCUUCGAAUAUUACAAUAUUUUCAAUAUGAAAUUAGAAAGCAAUGUAGAACACAUUGCGCUGUAUGAAAAAUUUGCUUCCUUUGGAGCACAAAUAAUUAAUAAGAAUAUAAUCUACAUUGUUUUACAAUACUUACAAUAAUUUUUAUAAACAUAAUUUUUUUCAAAUACAUCAAUAUAUUCUCAUAUGUAUAUUCAAAAGAAAAUAAAUAAAAAUAAAAAUAUUU